AUGAGCAUCCAUCAUCUGAACUAUGCAUUCGCUACCAUCAAUUCGGAUCAUACCCUUGGUACAACGGGCUAUUACGCCGAUGAGUUUUACCGUGCGUUUACCAAUUUGAAAACCAAGAAGCCAUCCUUGAAAUGUUUUCUUUCCGUUGGAGGAUGGGACGCCGGUGGCAAAGUGUUUUCCGUCAUGGCAAGCUCUGCUGCUUCUCGAAAAGUUUUUAUUGACUCAGUCAUUAAAACAUUGGAAAUGUACGGAUUUGAUGGGCUUGAUAUUGACUGGGAAUAUCCUGUGGCAGACGAUCGCGGUAAUUUCUCUAUCCUCAUCGCUCUCCUUACUGUGGCUUUGAAGUUCGUCAAACUGACCAAUCUCUUAAUAGGGUAUCUCAGAGGGUUUGAUCUCAAGAAUAUGGUCAAGUAUGUUGAUUGGUUCAAUGUCAUGAGCUAUGACAUCCACGGUACCUGGGAUGGCCAUAGCGAAUGGACAAAAGAAGUUAUUAACCCACAUACAAACUUGACUGGUAAGACUAUGAGGCACUAUAGUCAAACUUUUUCUAAUGCUCGUAUUAACUCAUUGACUGCAGAAAUAUCCGCCGGUCUAGACUUACUAUGGCGUAAUUCUGUUCCUCCGGGAAAGGUGUUAUUGGGACUCGGCUUUUACGGACGCUCCUUCACUCUAGGCGAUCCCAGAUGUAAUAGUCCCGGCUGUUCAUUCAAAAGGACGGGAGAUGAAAAUUCCGGCGGAGCUCGCCCAGGUCGUUGUACUCUGAACAGUGGGACACUCUCUAAUUAUGAAAUUAACAGAAUUCUCAAAUCGAAAUCACCCGAACUGGUUUACAACGAUGAGGCGGGAGUCAAUUGGAUCACCUGGGAUAGUGAUCAAUGGGUUUCCUUCGAUGAUGCAAGAACACUGAAGCAAAAAGCUUCCUUUGCAAAUAACUUGUGCCUAGGAGGCACAUUUGCUUGGGCUUUAGAUCUUGGAGGCCCGGGCACCAUGAGCCGACCAGAUGAGCUUAAUGGGAACACAUUAAGCCUUGAUGGCGCUGACCUAGAAGGGGGUGAUAGCGGCUCUGGUGACGUUUAUAUCUCCCCCGAGAUAUACAAGGUCGACAAGCCUGGAAUUGCGUGUAUACCUCCAUGUACCUUCAUCAUGCCCCGGCUUACACUUGAUGAGGUCACUACCAUUACAUUCCCCCCUUACACAACUUCCCUGGAAGUGUUAUGGUGGACGGCUCAAGCUAUAACUCUCCCUGGUGGUGCGAUCUCCAGCUCCAUUGGAUAUAUCUUCAACAACACACGCAGUAAUCAGCAGCAUUUUACCACCCCCGUUUUGAUAACUAACAGUGUGCCCGCAGGAGCUGUAGCUCCUCCGCAAAAUACAGGAAGCGGCCAUCAAGCUGGACAACCCGAGGUACCUCACAGUGGCCAACCUAUUCAUGGUGGUAACCAGCCUACUCAAACAGGCGGUCAACUUACUCAAGGGGCUGCUCAACCUUCUCGAGGGGGCAGUCAACUAACCCAAGAGGGUGGUCAACUUACUCACGAGAGUGAUCAACCCACUCAAAGGGGCGGUCAACCAACUCAAGAUAAUGGGCAGUCUAUUAAUAACAAUGGUCAAGCUAGCAGGGGCGGUGUCCAGCUUUCUAAUAAUGGACAACCUACACAAGGCGAUAGCCGACCUACACCAGGCAGAAGGCCCGACACCUCUACUACCGAAGAUCUGCUCUCUCGAGAAUCCAGUGAGGUCGCCAAAAACACUUUUGGCAGACAUACCACCCAACCUAACCCAAAUCCACAUAAUAACCCAACCUCCUCUCCGGGUGACAGGCAAAGCACUCCGUCAAAUACAGGCCAUGCUUCCGAGCGACCAACCACCGGAGCACCGCCUCGGAUAUCUGAUAAAGCUACAAAUAAUCCCACAAAUGACCACAAUUCACAUCCAACGUCAAACCAACAAUCCGAUUUCAGUACGGAUAUUGUUAUUAUCCCUUUCCCAGGCGGCAAAGUUUCCCGUAAAGGCGGCAAUUUUCCAACCCCUCCUCCAGGAUCUCGAAUGUUUACACCAAAACCAUACCCACUUAGUUCAGUUCGUGACAAUGGGAAACUUCCAACAGUGUCGUUUACCAGUGGGCCUCCUAGCCCUACAUGUACAAAGGACUGUGGAAGGAAAUGCCAGGGGGCAUUUUGUGACUGCAAAGACAAAGACUGCACUAACCAUGGGAAAGACUUUAUUGACCCGAAUGAUCCUGACCCUCCGAAGGACCUGGAUCGUCGGAAAUGUAUUGGUCCGCAGUGCGAAGAUGGGAAUUGUAAACCGGGGAACCUUUGCAGCAACUUCGAUUGUGUUGGUCCUGACUGUCAUGAUGGAAUUUGUCUCGGCCCGAACUGUGCCAGGCUACCUUGUGUAGGGGAGAACUGUCUACCAGGAUGCAAGGGACCGAGAUGCAAAUCACCCGGGUGCAUCGGCGAAUGCAAUGACGAUGGUGAAUGUAUUGGCUCUCACUGCAUGAACUUUGGCUGUACCGGCGCCGACUGCUUACCACCUUGCCUUGGAUGUCCACCUGUCUGUAAGGGUCCCCGCUGCAGGGCCUUUAAAUGCCAGGGCAAGGGAUGCAAAAACGGAUUCUGUACUGGAUCUGGAUGCAAACAGGACACUGAUGACUGCGAAAGACCAGAUACCGCUCCGAGAUGCACGGAAUCUAUCUAUAAGUUUAAACGGAGCGAAUCGGUAUUCUCCAGCACUACCAAGACUAAAUGUUCGACCGUGACGGCCUGCUCAGUGGAAGAAACCACGGUCACCAAAUCUACCACAAUUGAUAAGGGGAAAAUUCUCACUAUUAGCGAACACUACCCAGUUCAUACGCUCCUGUCCGACGAAAAGUACCAAUCCAUUGCGAAUAGCAUUCAUGCAGCACAAGUAAAGCGGGAUAAAUCUCGGUUUGGACCUACUUCUACCACCAAGGAGGAACCAUCACGGACCGUGACGGUGACCCUUCCUCCAACCUUCACUACCGCACACGUCCAAGACAAGGGUGAUCUUCUUUGCGAUAAUGACGGAAACGGUGUGGCUGAUCGCAAAGAACUGAUUCUUGGCAUUAAUUUCUUCUGCCGCAAGUAUGACCGGUACAAAUUUGCUGGUGAUGAAGUCGGGGUAUGGAAAGACAGAACGUCUCCCGCAGUUAUUGUCCGCGGAGACUGCAGCAAGGGAAAGUGCAAAUCCUACGUCACGUUCCGGAUAGGCAGAGAAAAAGAUCACAAAGACUGUCCGGGGGAUUUUGUUGUUAGUGGCCGUGGCGAUGUCGACGACCAGUGUGGGCAGAAUUUCCGACAGAUAGUGGACAGGUGUCACACGUCAGGAGAGAAUCAUAAGGGGGGAGGCCAUUUUACGACCAAAUGCGAAACGUGGAGCAUCAAUAUCCGAACAAACAGUUACCAAGAAUACAAAAAGGAACAGUGGAAAAAGACACUAAAGGUUAACCAUGCACCUCCAGAUUUGCAUGACCCGCAAUGGGAUGAUUAUUUUCCAGGCGUGGUCGGGGAGCCUCCUCAGGAUACAUGA